AACACCUUACACCUCUCUCUCUCUCUCUCUCUGGAAACUGCGUUACUCUUCCUGCAACCUGCAACUUGCAACUGAAAUCUGUUUCUGCAGUUCUCUCUCUCUCUCUCUCUCUCUCUCUCUAUCUCUCUGAAACCUUGCAUGCACUGUUGUGUUUAUGGGAGAAGCUUGAAGCGACGCCGUUUCGAUUCUGUCGUUGGAGUUGAUGGUGUGCGUUUCACUGUAAAAUCUUGUGGUGAUUCCGGCGAUGAGUGAGCUAAUUCGCGGCCUAGUCUUUGAUUCUGGUUUCGAUUUCGUGGAUUGCUUUAUAAGAGAUGUUUGAUUGGAACGACGAAGAGCUUGCUAACAUAAUAUGGGGUGAAGCUGGUGAGAAUGAUGAUCAUAUUGUGCCCUUUCCAGAGGGAAGUGAAGAUCUUAGCAACAAGAAAGAAUGGAAUCAAGAAGCUGGGACAAAGUUGAAUGAGCAGAAGAAACCUGAGGAUAAAACAAAUUUUCAUGAAAGAAAGAUAGGAAGCAGUUCCAACCAUGAUACUGGUGGAGGACUAUCUGGCUCAGGCUAUGGAAAAGACUCAUGGCCCGACCUGUCUUUAUCCACUGUAGAUAAAAUUGAUCAGGGCUCUCUGGGUACUGAAGUAUCUAAAAAUUUAAGUGAACUAGGCAAAUUCAGUUCCUCAAGAGGUGAAGAGACUACACAGCUUGAUAAGGAUGCAGAAGUUUUCCAAAAUGCUAAUGAAGGUAAAGAGCAAGGUGACUUUGUGGAUUAUGGCUGGGCUAACAUAGGCAGUUUUGAUGACCUUGAUCGAAUUUUCAGCAAUGAUGACCCUAUAUUUGGCAAUGUAACUCUUGAUAAUUCUGAUGAGCUUUGGUCCUCUAAAGAUGUGAAUAACAGUCCAGCACCCAUACCAGUAGAUGCACUAAGUCCAGCUGGAUCUUUAAGGAACAGAUCUGAGCCUUUGGAAAUUAAAGAAGAACAUGCUCAUUGCAAUGAUCAAACAUUUUCUCUCAGUUAUGGGAAGGUUGGUGGUGCUGCAUCUAAGGAUAUACAAAAUUCUUGUGCAACUACAGUUGAUGUGGGAUCUGCUGGAGGUGGAUGUAAGCCAUCGGGAAAGGAUCAGCAGCCCCUGAAGCAGAAACAUUCGUUGAAAGCUCGGAAAAGUUCACAGGUGAAACAAGAGGGGAAAGCAUUGCAUGGCCCUUAUGGUAACUGGUCGUCUUCAGGAGGGAUGGCAAGACAAUUUGAGAAUCAGUUGGCACCUUCUGUCAUGCAACCUUCUCCCUCUUCAAUUCUUGGUCAACAGAAGCAUCUUCAAGGACCUCAAACACUAUACCAGAACAUGAUGAAUCCAUAUGUUGCAUCACCUGUGUAUGGGAACCUUACUAAUACAUAUGCUGGUAUGCCAAUGCUAUCACAGACCCAACCAGGAGACCCUAGAUGUCAGCCUGUUCUUUCUGGGUAUGAAGUGUCUCCUGGUAUAAUGAAUCCUGUGAAGAAGUCUGUGGACUCGGUCAAGCCUCAAACCAUGACCCCUCAGGAGAAAAUUGAAAAGUUGAGGAGGCGACAGCAAAUGCAGGCAAUGCUUGCUAUUCAGAAACAAAGACAACAGUUGGGUCAUCAAGUUCCUAGCACUAAUAAAUCCAUCACUCAAAAGUCUCCCAUGGAAAACCAAAGUACUCUCAGUGAUGGAACCGAUUUAGAAAAUGAAGAUUUAACUCUGCCUUCUCUUGAUCCCCCGAUUGAACAAGAUGAUUCUAAUACAGUCUCUGCAGCAGUUGAUAAUGAUUUUGUUGAAGAUGCCAUACUGUACAAGCUUCAGGAUAUAAUAUCUAAGUUAGACAUCCAAAUAAGACUCUGCAUCAGAGACAGCUUGUUCCGUUUGGCACAGAGUGCAAUUCAAAGGCAUUAUGCCAGUGAUACUAGCAGCACUAACAAAAGUAGCAGAGAAGAACUUGAAGUCAUUGCAAGAGAAGAAAAAAACACCCAAAACAGAUAUACCAGGGUCCCUGAUGUUGAAACACAGACGAAUCCUAUUGAUCGAACUGUGGCUCAUCUUCUCUUUCAUAGUCCUCCGGACUUAGCUGCAAACUAUUCGGAUAAACUGGACUCGCCUAUGUCUUCGAAGGUUCAUUUUGAAAGCAAAGCAGCUAACAUGGUGAAUUUUCCUGUGACUAGCUUGCCAGACGAGGACUUGAAAAGUAAUCAACAAAUGCCUCACCCGGAGUUCAAGAAUUCUUGGUCAUUAUUUGAGGCUCAGUCUAUGGAUCAAAUAAAAAACAGUCCUUGCUUGGACACUUCCGAGAAUGCAUCAAACACGCAGGAGCUUGAAGCCUCUCAGUGAAAAAAGCCAUUCCCUCUGAGGCUAUCCAGAUCAUAAUCUCACCCUAGCAGAAUCCUGAGCACCUGUUUCGUGCAUGCUUCUCGCCGAUAAUAUUUAUGUUUCUUAUGUACUGAAAACAUUGCGCUAUGUAUCUCAGUAUCUGACCAUACUCUCAAGGUCGACGUCUACUAAGACGUUAUUAGAUCAUGACUGCAUCAAAAAUGUGUGUAGCCGAGCCACACUUAGACAUAGAAUUCUUACAGUCUUGGCGUGACUUACUUUAGACCAGACUUUAAAGUUGGUUUGGGGUGUCUAUACUUGCAAUACUUGCCCCUUAUCAUCAUGCCGAGUGUGACUUGUGAUUUUUUAUUUGGUUUUAUGUAUGUUCUUGGUUUCAGGUUUUCAA